CAGAAACACAACCACUCAUCAGAAAGUCAAAAGUGCAACAGCUAACAUUAGACAGUUAGUUGGCCUCAUAGACGGUUGGACACACACUAUUCUUAGAUGUUAAAAACUGUAGCUUUCUAUCUUUUCUAACUCUCUUCAGUCCCUCCAAACUCAAUUACAAUUUGAGUUGCAGAAAACCAGUGAAAAAACUUCUAAAAAAGGGACAAGUUUCCACACUUUACCACGCUAAUAUGUUCAUGUUUACUGGAAAAGUAGAACUGAAGAUUUUCAUUUUAGGGUUAGUUCGUAUUUCCAUUCGACAAAAGGUUCUGUUAAACGCUUUGUGAUGAAAGUAAAUAGGAUUCAAUGGGAGCCCAGAUGAAUUCAUAGGUUUUUCUCCAUCAACUAUUACUUGACGAAGAUGGAAGUCAAUGAAGGAGCAAAAAUAGCUAUAGCUAGACCAGUCGCUUCAAGGCCUAGAUGUCUUAUUUACAAAUCUUUCUCAGAGCUCUUGGCUGGUGCAAUAGAUAUCUCAUCGACAGAUGUUCAUUCUGAAAUGGCUAUUACAGCCAUAAGACCAAAGACUGUCAGGUUAAAGCCUACAACAAACAAUGCUUUAGUCGGAGAUCUUUCUUCACAGGUUGGUAUGUCUGGUGCACCAGUUGGUAGUCCAUCUGAUAACAUCUUGCAACUGUUAGAGAAACCCAAGGUCCUGUAUAAACCCAUGGCUAAACUUGCACCAAGGAAAACUAUUCCUCUCCUUGAAAAUAAGGGAACCUCUGCAUCCGAUCAGCAACGAGAAGUAGCUGAUCGUGAGGCUCAUGUUCAUUCAGAAAAUGAAGUUAAACAACAACAUGACCUCACGACAGAAUCUCAACAAAGUCGUUUAGAAAAAUCAGGACAGGACAAAAAAAUAGUGCAUUCAACAAUUGUAUCAGAGAACACAGAAGAAGUUGAACAAUCUUUAAUAAACACGAGUAAUGUUGAUCGUCCUAGUUAUGAUGGAUAUAAUUGGAGAAAAUAUGGGCAAAAGCAAGUUAAAGGAAGUGAAUACCCGAGAAGUUACUAUAAGUGCACGCAUCUAAAGUGUCCUGUGAAAAAGAAGGUUGAAAGAUCAUUUGAUGGACAGAUUGCAGAAAUUGUUUACAGGGGUGAGCACAACCACCCAAAGCCUCAGCCUCCGAAGCGCAACUUGUCAGAUGGACAAGGCCGAGCAGCCGUAUGCAAUGACAAUACCAAAGAAACAAAUAAACCUGCAUGGAGUAACCAACAUCCUCAUACGAGUGAAGCUUACGUAUGUAGGAUGGAAAAUCAGAAUGAUGUUGGAUUGUCUAUACAUUCAGCUUAUUCCAGCAAAGCACCAUGCUUUUAUGAUUCCAUUGCAGCUGCGGGAAUGCACACUGCUGCCCUAAAUUCUGAAGAUUCUGCUGAAGGAAGUAAAAAAUUGGAGGCUACUUGUGAUGAACCAAAAUCUAAAAGAAGGAAAAUUGAAGGACAACCCAAUGAAGCAGGUACAUCAGGGGAAAGUGCAUUUCCUUAUAUGCCAAACCAAAAUACUACUGACUCUGAAAUUACCGGGGAUGGCUUUCGCUGGCGAAAAUAUGGCCAGAAGGUUGUGAAGGGAAGUUCAUAUCCCAGGAGCUAUUAUAGAUGCACAAGUCCCAAAUGCAACGUGCGAAAGUUUGUUGAAAGAACCACAGAUGAUCCAAAAGCCUUCAUUAAUACAUAUGAGGGAAAACACAACCAUGGCGUUCCAAAUAGAAGGCCAAACUCUGAGUCAUCCAAAACAAGCUCAAAAUCUUCAGCUAUGAAAGACAAAUCAUAGUCGACGUGCUCAAAAGAACCUCAUUCCAGCUAAAUAAACAAUGUGCUAAUAGUAUACUCUUAAGAAGAUGGUUUAGCAAAUGGGAAAUUAAUGAAGUUAAACUUACUGCAGUAGUCAUUAUAUUUCCUUUGCUAAACUAUGUUUCUAUGAAAUAUUAAGGAAUAUGACUAUGUUGAAGCCAUUGAACCUGGAAAAAACCUAUGCCAGAAGAGGGUGCUGUUGAUCUCUUUCCAAGCAUCAGCAAUGUAAACUAUUGGCCUCUAUCGUUCUAGUUAAGUUGAGAACAAUUAUCUGAUGAUAUGACUUCUUAUUUGAGUAAAUUAUAUUUUUCCUACCUAAUUUAAUUUAUAGGAUAAGCUGGCAAACUUUUGCAGAGAAAGUGAAGUGCUAAUUCUUCACUUACCAUGCAGUUAUUCCAUUGAUUAAUUCUCCUCAAGUGUGCAGUCAGGAAUACGUGAGUAUGUGUAGGGACUCCAAAUCAACUCUUGGGGCUAAUAAUCAAUAAUAUUUCAUUAAGUAGUUUGAUACACACGCACAACAUAACUGUAACUCCUGAAAUGCUAUAACUAUGCUGAUACAAAUCUCCAGCACAAGCAACAAGCUGUCUCAAGUACAGUCUACAUACAACAAACAUAGACCACUUUAUCUAUGUAUUACUUAUGCAGAAUCCUUCAAGUCCAUGACAUGAACAGAGCACCACUUAUUCGUUUAAUUAUCGACGUUGAUGGAUCAAGCAUUUUUCGGUUUUACGCC